AAUCUCUCCAUAAAGAGGACCUGUCACAGAUCUCUCCUCUGGCCUCCAAUGAAGCCGAUCGGACGCAGAUCGGUCUGAUAUGCUGUUUCAAUAUUACCUUUGGUUAUACUUUAAAGACGUUUAGAAAGGCUGCCUUAUGGUCUAGCAGAGAUCCUAACAACCUCUUUAGAUUUGGUUUAAUAUUAGGGAUACCAGCAGAGAUAUACAGCUCUGGGGGGGUCGUAACUGAAAGAAAAAGCCUGGUGAUUGCGCCGUUAGGGCUCUAUUGUUAUUGUGUGGUAUGUCGCCUGCAGUUCCAACACUUGCACACUAGAGGGCGCAGAAGUCCUCGCUAGGAACCCAAUACAGAUAAAGCGUGCAGUUCCUAAAGUCUACCGCAAGAUGGCAACAGCGACAAUGCCCAAUCGAAGUUAUUGGUAGAACUGAGCAGCCGGUGGAACGCAUACAACAGGAAGUUGGUGAAGCAGGUGGAACGCAAAACAAGGAAGUCCUGUUAUCAAGGUACUGCUGAGCUAUAAAUCAGGAAGUGGGUUUGGCUAAGAGCUGCAAGGAUUUGGUAUAUCUAGAUGUAAGUUGUCACUUUCUUUUGGUCCCUUUCUUACUGCCUUUAACCUCAUUGCUGUGUAAUGUAAUGUAAUCGAGAGUGUUACAGAGAAUUUCCUUAUUUUCAGUGUUGCUUAGAGGGGCAAGAGUGACACCGAGGGACACCGACCCCAUUAGCAUGGAGGAGCGGAGUCCUAUGACCGGGAGGAUAUUACAGCUCACCCUGGAGAUCAUCCACCUGCUGACCGGAGAGAAAUGUGCGGUGGUGAAGAUGGUGUCUAUUGAGGGUCUCCUACAAGGGAUGUAUCCGUCUGGAGAAUGGAGUAGAAGUCCCGCCAUGGAUCCUCCACCUCCCUCCUCGACACCUGAGAGGAACAACGACAAGAAGAUCCUAGAAGUCACCCAGAAGAUCGCUGAGCUGCUGACCGGAGAGGCGCUGUUAGAAGAGUGCAGAUCUGUCAGGAAGAAGGUCACCAUGGAGAAUCAGAAGACCCUCACAUCACCCGAUUUAUCUGGAAGGGCCGAGAUGCCACAGACCUCCAGUGCCGUCAAGGAGGAAUCGUAUCGUGGUAAGGAACGCAAUCUCUUCGAGGGAGGCGAUAUAGAGGUGGACUAUACGACGGUGAACGUUAAGGAAGAAAACUUCAUGGAUGGAUACCGUUGGACCCCUAGGACUCUACCGUUGGCCAAAAGGACAGAGGACUCCCCUCGAAUCUUAAACAUCUCUGAAUUUGAGAGAAGUCCACCAAUUUCUCAAAUUAAAGAAGAGUUAGGCGUUUAUAAUUUUAGGGCAGAGGGUGGAGAAGAUAAAUGGGAUUCUUUGGAGCAUCGUGCACAGGUGGACUCGCUCUGGGAUAAAGAUAAGGGAGUAACUGGGAAUCCAUUAGUGUUUGAAGAUGAAUUUAGCGAGAUAACUCAGCCAGGAGCCCCAUAUUGGCCGCCAUUACAGAGUUCUGGCAGGUGCAAGCAAACCUUCGCCAGCAGCUCUGGUGGGCUACAUCUCCAGCCGGCAGGCCAGGGGUCUCCCUCUCUCUUAUGUUCGGAGUGCGGAAAAUGUUUUGCCGGGAGGGAGCAGCUGGUGAGACACCGGCAGACCCACACGGGGCCAAAACCUUACACCUGCCUGCAGUGCGAGAAGUCGUUCUGGAUGAAGUCGCAGCUCGCAGCGCACCAGAAAAUUCACACGGGAGACAGGCCGUUUCCUUGCACGGUCUGUGGGAAAUCCUUCACUCGGCGGCAAGUGCUGGACAAUCACAUGCUGACCCAUUCCGGGGAGAGGCCGUACCCAUGCUUGGAGUGCGGGAGGUGCUUUUCCCGCAAUUCGCUGCUGGUCAUUCAUCAGAGGAUCCAUUCCGGGGAAAAGCCAUAUUCGUGUUUGGAGUGUAACAGGUCCUUCCGGCACAAGACGGCGCUGGUUGCCCACCAGAGGACUCAUACCGGGGAACGACCUUAUCAUUGCUUGGUGUGCGGGAAAAGUUAUACCCAUAGCUCACACCUUGUGGUUCACCAAAGAUCCCAUUCUGGAGAGAAGCCAUAUUUGUGUUUGGAGUGCGGGAAGUCCUUUUCCCAUAAAUCGGUGUUGGUCAGACAUCAACGAAUUCAUAAUGGCGAACGGCCCUAAAGUCAACCCUAGUGACCCUUGCUAGGGGGAACUCCACAUUUUUCCAGUUAAUACCUUUACACAUUGUCACAACCCAUAGACUCCGAAAUGUUUUUAUAAGUGGUUCCUUGGCAACAUCUGAUACUGAGCCCUAAAAAAGGGGGAGACCAAAUCUCCCAAAACCCAUUGGCUGUAUUUCUGAUACCAAAUUACAAAUAAAGUUUGGAACCAAAUUCUUUGUGCGUAUGACUU